UUAUUUUCAAUCUCAGGCCUUUGUUUUCAGUGUCUCAGGAUUCAGUAUGUAAAUAAGUGAAAUAUUUUAUGCGAUAUUCAGAAUUUUCGUUAAAACUCAUCGAAUUUUAGUUUUUCAAAAUGAGUAACAUAUAUAUUCAAGAACCUCCUACAUCGGGAAAGGUUUUGCUGAAAACGUCCGUCGGCGAUAUCGACAUUGAAUUGUGGCCUCGGGAAUGUCCUCUAGCAUGUCGCAAUUUUGUUCAGCUCUGUAUGGAAGGCUAUUAUAAUGGGACGAUGUUUCAUCGAGUAGUGAAAGGUUUCAUCGUUCAAGGUGGCGAUCCAAAUGGAGAUGGCACUGGGGGAGAGUCGAUUUACGGGCAUCCUUUCAAGGAUGAAUUUCACUCCCGGUUGAGAUUUGUCCGCAGAGGUUUAGUAGCCAUGGCGAAUUCUGGCAAAAAUGAUAAUGGUUCGCAGUUUUUCUUCACGCUUGGAUCUACCCCUGAGCUGCAAAAUAUGCACACACUUUUUGGGAAAGUUGCUGGCGAUACCAUAUAUAAUAUGCUGCGAUUGGAGGAAGGAGAGAUUUACGAAAACGAACGUCCACACUUCCCGCAUAAAAUAUUGAAAACAGAAAUUCUCAGCAAUCCUUUCCCGGAUAUUGUUCCCCGUUUAUUGAAAUCAAACAAAUCAGAAACGAAGGUGAAGAAAAAGGUUGAAAAAGGCGUGAAGAAUUACGGACUUUUGUCCUUCGGUGAUGAAGCCGAAGUGGAAGAGGAAGAGACGAACCAAUUUGUACAGAAAAAUAUUACCGGAAAAAGUAAAAGCUCGCACGAUGUCUUAGAUGAUCCUAAAUUGAGUAAACAAGCUGUCGAUGUUAAGUCAAAGAGCAGCAAAAGCAAAAUAGAGGAAACCAAUAGUUCUGACGACGAAUCUGUUCUUAAAGAGGGAAGUAGUCAUGGAAAGACGGCGCGCGAUAAGGAAGCAAUAAAUGAAGAGGCCAAAAAUAUCAGAAAUAAACUCAAGAGAAAAAAAGAAGAAUCCAAGGCACCGUCGAACCCGGUGGAAUCAUCUUCAGACUCGGAUUCUGACUUUGGAUUAGGAAGCGAACGUAGAAAAGAGAAACAGGAACAAGCGGCGAAGAUUCGGGAGGAGAUUAGUAAACUCAAAAAAGAUUUUCAAUCUGAUAAAAUUAAGGAACGUCAAAAAGAGCUGGGGAAAGAUAUCGAAAAUGCUAAAAAAGACGCUAGAAGUGAAGUGAUGAAAGAGUUUUUCUCCGUACAAGAGCAAUAUUCUGAAAAAACUAGUAAAAUACCGAAAAAGGGAAGCUCGAGGGAAAAUUUCACUCUCCAGCUGUUGGAGAAAUUCAAAAGUAAACUUCAUAACAUAAAGGAUCAAAGUGAAAAUUCGGCUGCUAGUGGAAGUCAGGAGGAUAUAGACGAAGAAAAAGAAAUACAAGGGGAUAACUGGCUUUCACAUCGUUUGCAGUUUGAUAAAACUGAUCCAAUUCAAGCGAAGGAUGCUGUUACUAAAGAUGACGAUUGGUAUGAUGUGUACGAUCCAAGAAAUCCUCUAAAUAAGAGGAAACGUGGUGAAACAGUAUUAAAGAAUGAUAAGCCACGAAAAUAGACUGCAUAUCUACCGGUUACACAUUGAUUUAUUGUACUGUAGAAUUAAAGGUAUAUUUAAAAAUGUUUUUCACUUAAUAAAAUCAAAAAGUAAUAUAAUUCCUUUAGCGAAACAUAUUUUGCUUCUGUAAAAUAAGUUUCCUGUCGUGAUAAAAGUGUAACACUAGAAACCUUUUACUAU